CUUGGACUUCGAUAUUUCACAAUUCUUUGUAACCAAUAUACCAAAGGACGAGAAUGUGACAACCGCGACUUUAAUUUAAUAAAUACGUUAUAGUUUGGAAACCACCAGCAGAGACGGAGAGUCCACUUUUAUUUCUUCCGCUCCGUUUGGUCUGUCCUCUUCUUCUUCUCCACCUUCGAAAUCUAUCUUCUCCGAUACCUCUCUAUCUAUAUCUCUUCGACGCUGCAAAUUAGCCUUAAGCUUCUUUCUCCUUUAAACUUUUCGAUUAUUAUUCCAUUUCCUAUCUUUUUGUUUCCCCCAAAUCUUUUCACGGAAGCAAAGAAUACAAUUCCAAACCCUAAUCCCGAUCAUCCGUCUUUCCUCUCCGGUUUCAAAAUAUGAGUAAUCAGAAGAAGAGGAAUUUUCAGAUAGAGGCGUUUAAGCAUCGAGUCGUUGUGGAUCCCAAAUACGCUGAUAAAACUUGGCAGAUUCUUGAGCGUGCGAUCCAUCAGAUUUACAAUCAAGAUGCUAGCGGUCUCAGUUUCGAAGAACUUUACAGAAAUGCGUACAACAUGGUCCUGCACAAGUUUGGUGAGAAGCUAUAUACUGGGUUUAUUGCUACUAUGACUUCUCAUCUCAAAGAAAAAUCCAAGCUUAUCGAGGCAGCUCAGGGAGGGUCGUUUCUAGAAGAGCUUAAUAAGAAAUGGAAUGAGCACAACAAAGCGUUAGAGAUGAUUCGAGACAUUCUCAUGUAUAUGGAUAGGACUUAUAUUGAGAGCACCAAAAAGACUCAUGUUCAUCCGAUGGGGCUUAACUUGUGGAGGGAUAAUGUUGUGCAUUUCACUAAGAUACAUACAAGGCUUCUAAACACUCUUCUUGAUCUAGUGCAGAAGGAACGGAUAGGUGAAGUUAUUGAUAGGGGGUUGAUGAGGAAUGUCAUUAAGAUGUUUAUGGAUUUGGGUGAAUCUGUGUAUCAGGAGGAUUUUGAGAAGCCGUUUUUGGAUGCGUCUUCUGAGUUUUAUAAGGUUGAGUCUCAGGAGUUUAUUGAAUCUUGUGAUUGUGGGGACUAUCUGAAGAAAUCAGAGAAACGCCUUACUGAAGAGAUAGAGAGGGUAGCGCACUACUUAGAUGCCAAGAGCGAAGAGAAGAUUACUAGUGUGGUUGAGAAAGAGAUGAUUGCCAACCACAUGCAGAGACUGGUUCACAUGGAGAACUCAGGUCUGGUUAAUAUGCUUCUGAAUGACAAGUAUGAGGAUUUGGGUAGAAUGUACAACUUGUUUCGCAGGGUUACUAAUGGUCUUGUUACUGUCAGAGACGUUAUGACUUCGCAUCUUAGGGAGAUGGGAAAACAACUGGUUACUGAUCCGGAAAAGUCAAAGGAUCCGGUGGAAUUUGUACAACGUCUAUUGGAUGAGCGGGAUAAAUAUGACAAAAUCAUCAACACCGCAUUUGGCAAUGAUAAAACCUUUCAGAAUGCCCUGAAUUCUUCAUUCGAGUAUUUCAUCAACUUGAAUGCUCGUUCUCCUGAGUUUAUCUCCCUGUUUGUUGAUGACAAGCUACGGAAAGGACUUAAGGGUAUCACCGAUGUGGAUGUUGAGGUUAUCCUUGAUAAAGUGAUGAUGCUGUUCCGUUAUUUACAAGAGAAAGAUGUCUUUGAGAAGUACUACAAGCAGCAUUUGGCUAAAAGGCUUCUCUCAGGCAAAACUGUGUCAGAUGACGCAGAAAGGAGUUUAAUAGUGAAACUAAAGACAGAAUGUGGCUAUCAGUUCACUUCAAAAUUGGAAGGCAUGUUCACUGACAUGAAGACUUCAGAGGACACAAUGCGUGGGUUUUAUGGCAGUCACCCCGAGCUUUCAGAAGGACCUACACUUAUUGUUCAGGUACUUACAACUGGUUCUUGGCCAACACAGCCUGCAGUACCUUGUAAUCUCCCAGCUGAAGUUUCAGUUCUCUGUGAGAAGUUCCGUUCUUACUACCUUGGGACACAUACCGGUAGAAGAUUGUCCUGGCAAACAAACAUGGGCACAGCAGAUAUCAAAGCCAUCUUUGGAAAGGGUCAGAAACAUGAACUGAACGUGUCGACUUUCCAGAUGUGUGUUCUCAUGUUGUUCAACAAUUCUGAUCGACUCAGCUACAAAGAGAUCGAACAGGCUACAGAAAUCCCGGCAGCAGAUCUUAAACGCUGUUUGCAGUCGCUAGCUUGUGUAAAGGGCAAAAACGUGAUAAAGAAAGAACCCAUGAGCAAAGACAUAGGAGAGGAGGAUUUGUUCGUUGUGAACGACAAGUUCACUAGCAAGUUUUACAAAGUGAAGAUCGGAACUGUGGUUGCCCAAAAGGAAACAGAACCGGAGAAGCAAGAGACGAGACAGAGAGUGGAGGAAGACAGAAAACCUCAGAUUGAAGCAGCCAUCGUAAGGAUCAUGAAGUCCAGGAAAAUACUAGACCACAACAACAUAAUCGCCGAGGUGACGAAACAGUUGCAGCCACGGUUCCUAGCUAAUCCCACGGAGAUAAAGAAGAGAAUCGAGUCGCUCAUUGAACGAGAUUUCUUGGAAAGGGAUAGUACAGACCGGAAACUUUACCGCUAUCUAGCCUAAAUAAGUUGAAUACCACAACCCAAAAAAAAAAGGCUUUACUCUGUUUCUUUCUUUGCUUUAUUUCCUUAUGUUUGAUGUAAAAUCUUUUGAACUGUACGGUAGUCGGUAAGAACGAACCAACACAGCGUCACUACCGGUUUAAUCGAAUAUACAUUUGUUUCCUUUUCUUUUGUCUUUCAUCAGAUACCGUAUGUGAUUUCAGCUUCUGGACACGUUGGGCCGGCUCGAGGCCUUUUAAGGCCCAUUUUAAACGGU